GGGGCCGGCGCGGAGGAUGCACACGGGGCUCCUGGGGCUCUCGGCCCUGCUGCAGGCCGCCGAGCAGAGCGCGCGCCUCUACACUGUGGCUUACUACUUCACCACGGGACGCCUUCUGUGGGGGUGGCUGGCUCUCGCGGUGCUCCUGCCUGGGUUCUUGGUCCAGACCCUGAGCUACCUGUGGUUCCGAGCAGACGGGCAUCAAGGACGUUGCUCCUUGGUGAUGCUGCACCUCCUACAGCUUGGCGUUUGGAAGCGGCACUGGGACGCUGCACUGACCGCUCUGCAGAAGGAACAGGAGGCUCCCCAUCGAGGCCAGCUGCAGCUGCAGGAGGCUGACCUGUCGGCCCUUCGACUCUUGGAGGCCCUGCUGCAGACCGGGCCCCACCUGCUGCUUCAGACAUAUGUGUUUGUAGCCUCAGACUUCACAGAUAUUGUGCCAGGGGUGAGCAUGCUGUUGUCCUGGUCCUCACUCUCCUGGGCACUGGUGUCCUACACUCGUUUCAUGGGCUUCAUGAAGCCAGGCCACCUGGCCAUGCCCUGGGCCGCCCUCUUCUGCCAGCAGCUCUGGAGGAUGGGCAUGUUGGGAACUCGCGUGCUGAGCCUGGUUCUGUUCUACAAAGCCUACCACGUUUGGGUUUUUGUGGUUGUAGGUGCCCACUGGCUGGUGAUGACAUUCUGGCUCGUGGCCCAGCAGAGUGACAUCAUCGACAGCACCUGCCACUGGAGGCUGUUCAACCUGCUCGUGGGGGCCAUCUACAUCCUCUGCUACCUCAGCUUCUGGGACAGCCCUUCCAGAAAUAGGAUGUUCACAUUCUACAUGGUCAUGCUGUUGGAGAACAUCAUCCUGUUGCUGUUGGCUACGGACUUUCUCCAGGGGGCGUCGUGGACCAGCCUGCAGACCACAGCGGGGGUCCUGUCUGGAUUUCUGAUUGGCAGUGUCUCACUGGUAAUUUAUUAUAGCCUGCUGCAUCCAAAAGCCACAGACAUCUGGCAGGGCUGCAGAAGGAAGUCCUGCAGCAUUGCAGGAGGUGAUAAAACCGAGACAGGAGCUUCUCCCCGGGCAGUGGCUCUAGCUGGGAAGAGAACAGAGAGCUCAGGCUCAUGCCAAGGGGCAAGUUAUGAGCUAGCUAUUUUGGGGAAGCCCCCCACCGCUGAGCAGCUCCCCCCAGAGGCAGGGCUGGGGACCCAAGUUGCUGUGGAGGACUCCUUCCUCAGUCAUCACCACUGGCUGUGGGUGAAACUUGCCCUGAAAACAGGAAAUAUGUCUAAGAUCAAUGCCGCCUUUGGAGAUGACAGUCCUGUCUCCUGUCCGCCUGCGUGGGGGCUGAGUCAGCAGGGCGACCUGCAGAGGAAGGCCCUGUCUCCCCAGCAAGAGCUGCCAUCCUCCUCCCGUGACCCCUCGACGUUAGAGAAAGGCUCCGUGUUUGAAGGUGUCUCUAAAGCAGAGGCCGACCCAUUGGAAACCUCACAUUACGUAUCUUUUGCCAGCGAUCAGCAGGACGAAGUGCCCACCCAGAACCCAGCAGCCACACAGGAGGAGGGCACCCCAAAGGAAGGAGCUGGUGCUGUUUCUGGGACCGAGGGGAAGGGGACGGGUGGGCAGCCAAGAGGAGGGGAAGGACAGCAGAGCUCCACAUUGUACUUCAGUGCCACUGCAGAAGCGGCCACAUCCUCACAAGAAGAAGGCAGUCCAGUCACUCUGCAGACGCCCCACUCUGGAAGGAGAUUGGGAAAGAGCAGCCCUCCCCAGCCUGCCUCGCCCCAGCCGGUGGCCAAGCCCUUCCCGGUCACCAUGGCCGACAUCAGCCCCAUCCUAGGCACAGGCCCACGCAGAGGCUUCUGCGCCCAUGCAGGCUUCCCUGGAAGAGCCCUCAGCAUCUCAGAGCUGGAGGAGCAGCAGGAGCCCACAAGGGACCUAAGUCACCAUGCAGCUGUUGGUGCAUGGAUGUCGUUGCCACAGCUGAGGACGGCUCAUGAGCCCUGCCUCACGUCCACCCCUAAGUCUGAGUCUAUCCAAACGGAUGACAGCUGCAGAGAAAAGGUGAAGCACGAGCAGAGUUUUUUCAUCUGACCACAGUCAUGGGGGCAUAAGACAACAGGCUGAUGAAUCAAGCUGGCAUUUGGUGCAGUGGGAGGAGAAAUCCCACUUCUGCCGACACGCGUGUCCUUGGGCACAUCGCUGUCCCCUCUGAAUCUCUAUCUGCAUCCCUGAAAAAUGAGGAAACAGGGCUGGAUGAUUUCUCAAACCCGCUGUAAACAUCACAGACCCCACACGUACAUCGGAGAGACUCUAAGACACUGUGGAGGAGGAGAAGGAGAUUCCAGGCAAAACUGCCUGCUGCCUUUUGUGAACUAUAGGGUCCCCUAUUUUACCUUUUUGCUGUGGCUUCUAGGACACACAGAGGUAAAACGUAGAUUCCUAUUUUAUUCGGAGUUCUUGUUACAAUUAGUCUUGCCUCACAUUUAGUGGUUAUUAAUCUCGUUUUAAUACAUUCUAACUGCAUUAUGUUAUGAAAUCUCACGGUAAGAGAAUGUGAAUGCUUUCCAGGAGUGGAUGAGGGCUGUGGCUUGCAAUGACCAACAUAACUCAAAGUGCGCAUGUCA